CGGUUAGAUGUUUCCGCAUUUCUAACGCUUUUAUGACUAUAUAGAUAUUCGAAAAACACACUAGUCAAUAGCCACAAUAUUAAUUUCCCCCGCCUUGGUCAGGCUGAGUCGGUCCACUCAAAAAUUUUGUUUUCUGAAAUUGCAUGAUAAAUAUUCUGGUGUUGGGAAAGUGUUACCAGGAUAAACUACUUCCAGUUAAAUUAUAUUUCAAUAAAUGGUCUUCGAAAUGCAAGUGAUGAGUGCUGACUUCCGUCAAUUACCGUUGCUUCGAAGGGCUGAUUAUGCAGCCGAUGAAUUAGAUAGUAUCUGUGUUAACUGCUGGUCGACGCUAUAUAUAUAUGUUAGUAGUGUCUACCAGCGUCGGCGUUUUUGUUAUGUGGACAGUGGACGGGAUAAUGCUAAAUAAACUGAACGAUACUACAAGCACUUCGCCGCUUGUUGGUUUGCGACAACAUUAUUAGGACAUCAUUGAUUUAAAUCAGGAAAGUAUAUGAGUUUUAAAAAUAGCGAAACUGUUUACACGGAAAUUUACCAGAAAUCUCCUAAUGUACAUUUACUUUUUCAUUGUGCUCCAAAGAAGCAAACAACGUGGCUUGGACGAUGUCGCAUACAUCUGCACAACAAGCAAAAAUUUCCUGCCUGGAAGUUUACAAAUUUUGAAGUAGGAUGUGGUAUUUAGUGGGUUAUCACACCGUGGGUCAUCGUCGGACAUGAACACUACGAAAUGCUGGAGCGCGCCGGGUGAUAAAACGGUGUUAGAUUACACCUCCUUGCGGAAGCUAUCAAUAGGUAUGAAAUCGCCGCUGCCAAUUUUUCGCGUAUUAAUACUGGGAGCAUCGUCCGUGGGCAAAACAGCUUUGAUUGUACGAUUUGCAACCCGUCGUUUUAUUGGCGAUUACGAUUCCACUUCAGAGCGAAUAUACCAAUGCCAAAGAAGUUUGCUGGACUCUCAGCAUGUUAACUUUAUUGUUUUGGACCCUAUUAGCAACGAGUUCAAAGCCGAAAAUGAAUUUCGAGACCAGAUUUUAUGGGCCGAUGCAUAUUUGCUUUUGUACUCAGUAACCGAUCAAAGCAGUCUAGACGAAGUAGAUCGUAUGCGGUUCCUGAUUAACUACACGAAAAGGUCGCGAUAUCGAGAAAAGAAUUUGUUCUCCAGUGCCGGAGAAAGUGUGGCAUUUUUAGUUGGUAACAAGGAUGAUGUCUUUGGUGAACGUAUGAUUUCCUACGAAAUGGGUCUGGCACGGUCUCGGGAACUGAACUGCUCUGCAUUCUUUGAGAUAUCCGUUAGGGAGUCGGUGGAUGCCCCAGCCAAAAUCUUCCGUGACCUUUACGAGACAUGGAAUCAAACCCAGCAGUAUUACUCACUCCGUCCGCAGGUGUUAGCGCAGGAUGCCUCCUCAAAGUUGCAGCUGCGUUCGCGACUGCAAAAUAAUCGUUCCAUUUCGCUGCAACAGUCGAUCUCUCCAACUUCGAGUGGUCGUUCCUCAUCCGAAGGGGAAAUUUCCCCACGACUCAAGCGCAAAUUAUUGCCGCACAUAAGAGCAAAGCAGUUUUUAAUCGGUCUUUCUCAGCAAAAUUUAGAAGAGUAUGGCGAUUCAAAUGCGGAACUGAAAUAAGUACGCACCGGGCACCUGCAGUCGUUCGGAUCUGGGAAUAUUGUUCUGGAGCGUCAAAUUAAAAAAACCGUUCCCGAUAAUAAUAACAAAUAAACCUGCCAAUUUUUAUAAGGUCUGUUUUGUUAACUGUAUAAUCAAAAAUUUUAAUGCCUUUUUUACAACACAAAAAUGGCCUUACCUUGGAAGAAAUCUAAAUACUAUUUGAUUGUCAGUUGAUGUAAUAUAUAGAUCCUUCAAUAAAU